AUGUUUGGGAAGUUCAAGCGUGCAAAAUGCGCUGCACAGCUGAAGCAGUGCACGGCAAGGAUCCAGGUGCUGCGCAACCAGAGGGAGAUGCGCAUGAAGCAGAUGACGAGGGAGAUUGCAGAGUUGCUGACGCAGGGACAGGAGGCACGUGCAAUGCUUCUGGUUGGACAGAAGCUUCGUGAGGAAGCAGCUCUGGCUGCCUACGAUGUUGUUGGAGUCUGCUGCAGUACACUAUGUGCACAGAUGCCCAUGAUAGAGGAGGCCAAAAAGUGCCCCCCCUCCCUGAAAGAGGAGAUUGCAACAAUCAUCUUUGCUGCUCCAAGGUGCGGCGACCUUGCAGAGCUCCAAGAGCUCAAGGUCAUGUUCACGGCCAAGUUCGGCAAGGCAUUUGCAGCGGCGGUAGCGGAGCUGAGGCCCGACUGCGGAGUGGACUCCCGGGUCAUUGCGGGGCUGACGGUCCAUGCCCCCUCCAGCGAUACCAAGCUGCGCGUGCUGGCCGCCAUUGCAGCCGAGUACCAGGUCGACUGGAGGCCGCCCUCCACGCGCAAUGAAAUGGGCGUGCCUCAGCCCCCCACGCAGGAAGCGCCUCCCCACGACUUCCUCCGCACCGCCCGUUCGCCUCGGACGCCCCCGGGCCAGCGCCCCCCUUCGCCGCCCUCUCCGUUCGCGCGCCAGCCGUUUGCCGGUGCAGAUCCCGGGGGUGCCACCGACGCGGGGCCGUACCGCCCACCUCCGCCCCCCGAGUUCCCCCUCCCCGCCCUGCGGGUGCAGAGCAAUGGAGCCGGUCCUGCGGGGCGGGCCACUGCCACAUCGGGCCCGGGACAAGCGGGGGGGGGCUUCCCCGUGAGCCCUUCCACCGACCGGGUGUCGCCCAGGCCGUGGGCGGACGAGCAGGACGGACGAUUCGAGCCAACGCGGGCACAGCCGCAGUCGGGAUACCCAUUCGGUGGGAACCGGUCGGCCCCCGGCGGGCUGGACGAGUUCCCGGGCGCGACGGCGGCUGCGCUGGUUGUCGCGGCGCAGCAGGUGAGCGACCUGGCGGGCAUGGUGGUGGCCAGCCAUAUGCGCGAGCAGGAGGCGCGCCUGCGGGAGCAGCUGCGGAGCGAGCGGGACGGCAGGCCGGGGGAUGACCGCGCGCGCAGCACGGGGUCACAGUACGGCGGGGACAGGCAGGCGUGGGGACAGGCGAGCGGGGAGUGGGGAGGCGGGCAGGCCCGCAGCGAGGCCGGGAGCGGGCGGCAAUGGGACGGGCAGAGCAGCCAGCAGAGGUCGCCCCGAGCGCCGAGCCCGUACCGCAGUUUCGAGGGCAACGAGUACGGCCAGCCUGUGCACGGGCGCACCGACCAAGAGGGACGGGUGGUCCCGCCACACAGCGCGGGCCGGACCCUGGAAGAGCAGGGGGCGCUGCAGCGAGCGUCGCGGGACUUCUCCACUCCCCGGCCUGCUUCCCCGGACAGCCUGGCCCGCCGGUCGGACGACCGGGACAGCAGCUCGGAGGACGACAACAGCGGGCCGGGGACAGGCGGGGGAGCAACCCGGGGUGGGGGCCCGCGUGGUACGGCGGGACGGGAGGCGGGGCCCGAAGCUUUCACAGGGAGGCGCGGGGACGUCUUUUUCAACGACAGGCAGGGCCACGUGGCGCAUGCCAACGUCCGGAAGGUGGAGGGGCCGCAGGGGGGCAGCCUGCCGCCGCCGCCGAAGCAUGCCCAGGAGAGGGGCCGCUUCCUCAAGUGGACGCCGCCAGCAGCGGCGGACAACCCCCACAAGGGACUGCCAGCGUCGCCGAACGCGGAGAUGAACGGGCUUUCGUCGCAUAUCAGAGCACUGAAAGUGGGAAAAUAG